UGCUCCACCUCGAGAUCCUAGCAACCAUCAACGGCUCUGCUAAUAUCUACUCUCCACUGAGCUCAAGUUAUCUACCAUGUCCAGACUCUGCAGAAAAAAAAGAGGUGAAAAACAAAAGGGAGAAUGACAAAUGGAAAAGAAAAGCGCUGACGCGUCGCUUUUAUAAAAUUAAUAUUACAAGUAUCAUCAUCGAGUGCCAUGUCGCUUUACUAAAUACUGACCGACCGCCUUAACAAAAAAACUUGAACUGGAUCCAAGCUUCAACUCUCUCAAGUCUUUGUUCAUCAAGAUUGGAAAUUUUUUUUUCACUUCGCAUUGUCAGAUUUAUUUCUUCCUACUAUGAUCUUUGUAAUAUGAUAGAAGGUGAGUAAUGCUGCUUACAAUAUGGUUAUGGGGUGUAAUUUGUCGUGUGGAAACUAAGAGAGGACGGAAUGUUUUCUGAGAGAUUAACUGGAGAGGCAUCUCUUCGCCGGGAAUUGGAGGCUCUGAGUGUGUCGCAACGGCUAGUGAGAAGUGUUAGCCAGAAGUUGAGGAAGAAGAAUAAUCUUAGAGGUGAAGGAGAGGAAGAGGAUGAUUCAAGGGGAGUUUCUCUGAAAUGUCUUACUUUGUAUGGUAUGGGUGGGGGCUGCAAAGUUGGUGCUGACACAGGUGAAGAAUUUGGGGAUCCGAGUGGUAGGAGGAGGUCAUGCAGUGCUAGUGAAGAAGGAAAGGGAUAUAAACCAAUAUGUGGGAAUGAGGAGACAGGGUUCGAUUGUUUCUCAUAUGGGGUGAGAGAGAAGUUCUGGAAGAAAAACAGUAGAAAGGAUUUAGAGCUUGAAGAUUCGAUUCAAAAUAGCAGGUUGCAUAUGUUUCUUCCAGAUGAUGUACUGGAAUUAUGCUUAGUGAGACUCCCAUUGACCAGUCUCAUGAAUGCCCGCCUUGUAUGCAAGAAAUGGAGAUACUUGACCACCACCCCUCGGUUCCUGCAGAUGAGACGGGAAGGUGCAUAUCUGAAGCCGUGGUUGUUUCUGUUUGGUGCUGUUAAAGAUGGAUAUUGUUCCGGAGAUAUAUAUGCAUUGGAUGUUUCUCAGGACCAGUGGCAUAGGAUUGAUUCCGACAUUCUAAAAGGAAGGUUCAUGUUUUCUGUUGCCAGUAUUCAAGAUGAUAUUUAUGUUGUUGGAGGUUGUUCUAGCUUGACACACUUUGGUAGGGUGGAUAGGAGCUCAUUUCGGACACACAAAGGGGUGUGGGUUUUUAGCCCUUUAACAAAAUCUUGGCGUAAAAUUGCACACAUGAGGUGUGCAAGAUCAAUGCCUGUUUUAGGAAUUUCUGAGGUUCAUUCGGACUUUACAGUGGUUCACAGUCAUCAACAUCGACAAGAACGACGUUUUCCUAGGUCACGUGUUGGUGGGGUAUCGGAUGUAUAUGAGGACCCACACAGGCUUUCACUGAGACGACAAUAUAGAAAGGCUUUUGAUGAAUAUGAGCCUUCAUUGUUACCCAAUAGAAAGUCACACAGGUUCAUCAGACAAAAAAAUGAUCAAUCAAAUACAAAGUACUGUAAGAGGUUUGUAUUGAUUUCUGUAGGAGGUCUUGGAUCCUGGGAUGAGCCAUUGGAUUCUGGAGAAAUUUAUGAUCCCGUAUCAAAUAAAUGGACAGAAAUCCAGAGGUUGCCAAUGGAUUUUGGGGUGGUUUGUUCUGGAGUUAUUUGUAAUGGGAUUUUUUAUGUUUACUCCGAGGCAGACAAGCUCAUGGGAUAUGACAUUCAAAGGGGCUUUUGGAUGGCAAUCCAAACCUCUCCAUUCCCUCCUCGUGUUCACGAGUAUUACCCUAAACUUGUAUCUUGCAAUGACCAACUAUUUAUGCUUUCAGUCUCCUGGUGUGAAGGGGAUGGUCAAAUAGGCCAGAGAAACAAGGCUGUUAGAAAAUUGUGGGAGCUAGAUCUCAUGUAUCUUACUUGGACAGAAGUUUCACUGCAUCCCGAUGCGCCAAUGGAUUGGAAUGCUGCAUUUGUUGCAGAUAAAAACCUAAUAUUUGGGGUUGAAAUGUUCAAAAUAUUUGGUCAAGUUUUGAACUUCUUGACUGUAUGUGAUGUGUCUGGCAGGGGGACAAACUGGAGCCACCUUGCUAGGAAUCACAUGACUCAUGAAUUGGACGCUUCCUCGUGCAUGACUAAAUCAUUGGCUGUCUUACAUCUCUGAAGUCCUUAGUGAAUGCUGAUUUGUGCUGAGAAUUUUAGACAUUUAUUUACCCACACUAGAUUUUGAGCACAGAUUGUGAUUUGGAACAUCCGAAUUUCAUAUUGAAUUCUUUGGGCAUGAUCAAUUUGCUUGUCUGCAAUUUCAUCUGUGUAUUUUCUUCUCCACUGUUUAUAUAAUUCAUCCUGUAUUCCUGAUCUUGUUUAUGUUCAAUAAUAAUGAAUUUGUUCUCUUGUGUA